GGCACGUUUCCCUUCCCGGCGCAGGAAUAUUUCGUAUAACCGGUCAUACUGGAUCCAAUAAUCCUGACUCGGCGACCCACACUCACUCACUGUCUUUGAAGUUUGAAGUUCGUACCUCAAACUCGACGUUCCCAGUUCUCACUCCCUUACCUCUCUCAUAGCUGCCGCAAACAAUAAAAAAAGAAGAAGAAAAUAACAUGGAAGAGUCUUUACAAUUACAAAUCCAAAGAUUCGAACAGCUCCCUUCUCCCACAGAAUUCGCGUCUCAACUCGAAUCCAAAAACGUCCCCGCUGUUUUUAAUGGAUGCAUUAAGGACUGGAAAGCUUUCGUCAAGUGGAAUCCGGCUAAUGGCGGCCUCGAUCACUUGCAGGAACGGGUAGGAUCAUCUACUGUGGAAGCUAUGCUAUCUAAAACUGCACCUGUGUUUUAUGGCGAUAUUAGAAGCCAUGAAAGGGUUCAGUUACCGUUUUCCACGUUUAUUGAUUUUUGCAAGCAAAGUAUGCGAAACACGGACAGUAGUGGUGGUUCUUUGUUGCAAUCAGAAAGGCAUCAUGAUGCUGUUACUGAUGUAGAUCAGGAAAGUAUGCUUUCCGGUGAUGUUCCUCAGCAAAUUUAUCUAGCACAGGUGCCGAUAAUGAAUAGCGAGGAUCGAGAGAGGGUUCAACUUGAAGGUCUUAGGGAAGACAUUCAAACGCCUGCUUUUUUGGAAACAAAAGAACUAGCUUCUAUCAAUUUGUGGAUGAAUAAUGCUCAAUCUAGAUCAAGCACCCACUAUGAUCCACAUCAUAACGUGCUAUGUGUAGUUGCUGGCAGCAAACAAGUUGUCUUAUGGCCGCCCUCUGCAAGUCCAUUUUUAUACCCAAUGCCUGUAUAUGGGGAGGCCUCAAACCACAGUUCUAUUGCUCUGGAAAACCCUGACUUCUCAUUGUAUCCGAGAGCAAAAUGCUCCAUGGACUACUCUCAGAAGGUUAUUCUUCAUGCAGGUGAUGCCCUUUUCAUUCCUGAAGGCUGGUUCCACCAAGUAGACAGUGAUGAUUUGACCAUUGCUGUGAACUUUUGGUGGCGGUCCAACAUAAUGUCUAACAUGUUAGAACACAUGGAUGCUUAUUAUUUGCGAAGAAUAUUAAGAAGAUUGAUGGACAAAGAAAUGAACCAAGUACUCCCCAAGGCUUCUCACGGCACAGAGAAACUGAAGAGCACAUGUGAGCUGCUCAGUAAUGGAGCAGAUCAUGGUUGUUGUGACUUGAACCCGGCAUGCAAGAAACAGGGUUUACAAGGGAAGGACCUUAAGUUGCAUGAAUUGGAACCGUUUUCUCUCCAGGCCCUUCAUGAACUUGUUUCUGUAGUUCAUGACCGUGUUAACAUCACCGACCAAAGUCAAUGCAUUCAAUCAACUCCACCAAAUGAUUCUAAAGUCAGUGUGAAACAUGAAUGCGAUAAAACUUUGACAAGUAAAUUAUUUUUCCUAGAGGAUGAUCCAGUUGCUAAAAUUCUUUGGACCUUUGAUCCAAGCACUCUCCAGAAUGUCCUCCUUGCCAUGGCACACAAUUUUCCAAGAACCCUGGAGGCUCUGAUACUGCACUUGCUUUCACCAGUAGGAGCAGAGGUACUUACAAGGAAGUUUGAUGAGGUUGAUCAACAUACAACAGAAGAUGAUCGUAACAAAUUCUACCAAGGCUUUUAUGGUGCAUUUGAUGACCAAUUUGCUGCAAUGGAUGCAAUCCUUAAUGGAAAGGAAUUAUUUGCUCUCCAGGCAUUUAAAGAUUCUCUGGAUAAAUUCUUGGGAGUGAACAUUGACGUUCCCAAACCAUCAAUUAGAUGAUAAGCCAUGCAGUGAUGCAACUUCGUGAAAGAAUCGGUCCCACCUGCAGUAUUAAAAGAGUCGAGCAAAGCAUUUCCAUAGAAGAAGCUUUCUGUCAUAAUCGGUACUUUUACAUGCGAGUCAUCCAUGCUGCAGAAAUAUAAAUGAUUGCCAAGUUUGAAUAGUGCCGCAUAUGUCACAGCUUUCAAUAUGCCAUGCUAUCCCAAGUAAUUUGACUCUAAUGAUACUCUUCCAACAGAUAAAUUUUUUGUAUAAUGUAUAGUCUGAAUUUUGAAACUUCA